AUGUGUCGCUUCGUUCAGGAAUUCAACCAUCUGUCGCUGGUGAAGAAGACGAGUGGCAGAAACGUCUACAACAAGACGGCAAGAAAAGAAGACAGCGUUUUGAUGGACACGGACCUGACUGAGGGCAGACAGGAAGAAGCAGAAGUGUUCCUCGGAUUCCUACUGAACGGCCUCAACGACAAGAUGUUCGAAUUGAUGAAACCAGUUUUGGAUUUGGAGAAUACCUGCAGUGUUUCGGAAAUCAUACGAGCUGGACAUGUUUCUACGGAGAAUAUUCAACCGUUCCUGACUCUGCGACUGAAUGUCGACAGAGUAAAGCCUAUCAACGAGGCUCUGGAGACACUUAUGAAUAAGGAGCAGCUGGAAGGAUUAACCUCUCCUAACACAAAUGAAGUGGUACAGGCGUGGCAGCAACUGCUGUUGGAUGUGCUGCCAGUUAUCCUCAUUCUGCAUCUGAAAUUCUUCGAUUUCAAGCUAGACGGUUGUUCGAAAAUCAUCAAGACGUUGGAAUUCCCUGUAGACCUAGAAAUCGAAUCGAGGUUGUUAUCUUCGGAGUCACAAACGCCCGAUGGAAGAAAGUAUAUGUUGUUUGCCUAG